GCCGUAACGUGAACAUGGUGCGGACGUGUGUUGGUAGUCUGCAGCACUGAACUCUUUCUUGUGGUCCAGCUGAAUAUUUAACCAUGUUACCACUCAAAUGGGUCUUUUAUGUCCUGAUUGUGCUCUCUGGUCCCAGAAUCUACUAUGCUUAUGUUGUCAACCGCUCAGGGAGGUCCAAAGCAUCCGAUGACUCUCGCUCAUACACUCAGUCCAGUUCCCCACUGACCAGCCUGUCAGGCUCGUGCAAAAGCAGGUGCUUUGAACUGGUCGAGGCUGAAGCCCCACAGUGCCGCUGUGACAAUCUAUGCAAAACAUACAACAGCUGCUGCUCCGACUUUGAUGAGCAUUGCUUGAAAACAGAUGGUGGCUACGGGUGCAGCAAGGAGCGUUGCGGGGAGACGCGUAACGACCAGCACGCCUGCCACUGCUCGGAGGACUGCGUGGCCAAAGGAGACUGCUGCACCAACUACAGAAGCCUCUGCAAAGGAGAUGUUCCGUGGCUGACGGAGGACUGUGAGGAGAUCAAGAGUCAGGAGUGUCCUGCUGGGUUUGUCCGCCCUCCUCUCAUCCUGUUGUCUGUGGAUGGGUUCCGGGCCUCGUACAUGAAGAGAGGUUCUGCAGUGAUCCCUUACAUCGAGAAGCUGAGAACCUGUGGUACGCACGCUCCCUACAUGAGACCAGUGUACCCGACCAAAACCUACCCAAACCUCUACUCAAUUGCAACAGGUCUGUAUCCUGAGUCUCAUGGAAUUGUUGGCAACUCGAUGCACGAUCCCACCUUUGAGGCCACCUUCACGAUCCGCGGUCAGGAGAAGCUGAAGCACCGCUGGUGGGGAGGUCAGCCAAUUUGGAUCACGGCGGAGAAACAGGGAGUGAAAGCUGGCACCUUCUUCUGGCCCGUGUCCAUCCCAUUGGAAAGGAGGAUUUUGACCAUUCUGCAGUGGCUGAACCUUCCUGAUGCGGAGAGGCCCUACGUGUAUGCAAUGCAUAAUGAGCACCCUGAUGUGUACGGACACAGACUGGGACCUCAGAGCACUAAUCUGAGCAUUGCUCUGAAGGACCUGGAUAAAGUGGUGGGCCACUUGAUGGAGGGUCUGAAACAGAUGAAGCUCCAUCGAUGUGUCAACAUCAUCCUAGUGGGAGAUCAUGGAAUGGAAGAGGCCCACUGUGACAAAAAGGAAUUCCUCAGCACGUACAUGACAAAUGUGGAUGACAUUUUCCUCAUACCGGGAUCUUUGGGCAGGAUCCGUGCCAGGAACCCAAACAACGCCAAAUAUGAUGCGAAAGCAGUGGUGGCCAAUCUCACCUGCAAGAAGCCAAACCAGCACUUUAAGCCAUACCUGAAGCAGCAUCUGCCCAAGAGGCUGCACUACGCCAACAACCGCCGCAUUGAGGAGAUCCAUCUGAUGGUGGAGAGAAAAUGGCACGUUGCAAAAAAACCUAAAAAAACAUCUGAAAACCACGGAUCAAGGCCUUGCCCAUUUAAUGGUGACCAUGGUUAUGAUAACAAGAUCAACAGUAUGCAGACUAUAUUCUUAGGCUAUGGACCAUCGUUCAAUUUUAAGACUAAAGUCCCGGCAUUUGAGAACAUCGAGCUUUACAAUAUCAUGUGUGAUCUGCUGGGCCUGAAGCCGUCCCCGAACAACGGCACCCACGGCAGUCUGAACCACCUGCUGAAGCUGCCUGCACACAAAGCCGCCAUGCCUGAGGAGGUGUCCAAGCCCACCCCAUCCGGCCCUGUGGGGCUGGUCACAGACGACUUAGGGUGCAGCUGUGAGGACAAGAACAAAGUGGAAGAGCUCAACCAACGAGUGAGGCAAGCUAUGGAUGACAACAAGAACCUGCCUCAUGGUCGACCAGCAGUGAUGUUUCAAACGAAAUACGGCAUCCUGCACCACAGUGACUAUAUCAGUGCUUACAGCGAAGCCCUAUCCAUGCCUUUGUGGACUUCCUACACUGUACCCAAACAGGUUGAUGUGACCACUCUACCAGAUGCUCUGAGUAACUGCGUCCGGCCCGAUGCCCGCGUCCCGCCAGCGUACAGUCAGUCCUGCACAGCCUACCGGGCAGACAAGCAACUCUCCUACGGUUUCCUCUAUCCCCCCCAAUUGGCCUCGACGCAGGAUGCCAGAUCCGAUGCAGUUCUCAUCACCAACACGGUGCCCAUGUACCCAGCGUUCAAAAGGAUUUGGACGUACUUCCAGAAGGCCCUGGUGAAGAGAUACGCCAGUGAGCGAAAUGGAGUGAACGUCGUCAGCGGUCCCAUCUUUGACUAUGACUACGAUGGUCUCAGAGAUACAGCAGAGAAGAUGAAACAAUACGUGAGUGGCUCGAUACCAAUCCCUACCCACUUCUUCAUCGUGGUGACGAGCUGUCUGGACUACACACACACGCUGGACUCAUGUGACGGUCCACUCAGUGUUUUCGCCUUCAUCCUACCUCACCGUGCUGACAAUGAUGAAAGCUGUAACAGUGCGGACGACGAGGCCAAGUGGGUGGAGGAGAUGAUGAAGUCUCACACGGCCCGCGUGCGUGACGUGGAGAUCCUGACGGGCCUGGACUUCUACCGCCGCACCACCCGCUCCUACCAGGAGAUCCUGUCCCUCAAAACGUACCUGCACACAUACGAGAGUGAAAUCUGAAAAACCACUGCACCCCUGCACUAUUGACCCCUGACCCCCACCCCCCCAAAUCCACCCCCCCCCCAUCCCUAAUGGUUAGGUGUAUAUUUUUAUACAAGCUUCCAUAUUUAUUAUUCUUUGAAUGGCUAACCCCCCCUUAUGUAAACAUAUCAUUUCCCCCCCUAUCGUGUAAUGAUUCAUACGCAUGAAUGGACUGGUCUGUAGGGCUUCAUUAGUGAGUUGAGGAUGUGGCGUUGUUUGUGUUGUGUCUGUGGUGGUGGUGAUGAUGACUGGCUCUGGGAAUGGGAGCCCUCUGUCGCCGCUGUGUGGAGCUCAGUACUAGACACAGCUGUGACCAUGAAGCCGUUUUAACAUCGACUUCUCAGUCCAUUGCACCUGUGUGAUACUCUUUAUUUAUGCUCAACAUGAAAUUCAUAACAAUAAAGUUUAAACUCUUUUGUA